GAUCGUUGUUUAGUUUUUUGGAAAAUUAUUGAUUUAACAGAAUGCGUUGGCCAUAUUUGAUUUGGAUAUUUUUAUGUCCGGUAAAUGCGAUUACAUUCUUUCAGUCGAAUUGUUCGGGCAUCAGUUCAAAUCCAUCAGCAAACAUAUUGUUAAUUGGAAUGCGACGCAAUCAUUUGACUAUUAUUGAUCGUCGAUUUUUUGUAUUUGAAAUUGAAAGAUCUUUAUUCACUAAUAAUGGUUUUCGUAUUCCAUUCGGUUAUAUGUAUCUUAAAAUGCCUUUUGAAAAACGAUGGCCAGAGGCAUUUAGUAAUUCAAGCGACAAAAAACGUUUCGAAAAACUUCAACCUUAUGUUCGUUUUGGUUUUAUUUGGUCGGAAUAUAAUUUAACAUUUGCAUAUGAGAAUGAAAACAAAAUUAGUUUCUUUAGCUAUGAUUUGAAUUAUGAUCGUUGGUAUUGGAAUGUAACAGUAGUGAAACCAUUGACCAAAAUGAGUAAGGAAAUAGUGUUCAUAUCCAAUCUUUCACCGAAUCGAGAUAAAUUAGGAUUGAUACGUUUUAGAAAAAAGGAUGGCCAAAUUCUAAUGACCAGGUAUGGUCAUUUGGAACAAUCGUAUUUUUUGUGUUCCGUCGAUCUGAUAGACGAUGGUCGUCGUAUUGAAAAUGUGACACUUGGUAAUAAUCCAUGUGCAGUCGAAAAAAGGACACCAAUUGCUUUAGAUGGAGAACCGAUAAUAAAAGCAUUUGAAACUCAAACUUAUUUUUUCUUCCUUACAAAGAAAUAUAUUUAUCAUGUAUCAUCAAUAAUAAUGCGAAAUACAUCUUUAGAAUUGGGCCUAUCAUUUCAAAUGAAACGAGAAAAAAUCGAAGAAAUUUUCUUAUGUGAAGCCUCAAUUGUACAAUGGACAAUGGAUAAUUCCUUAAUAGUUGUCAUGAUCGCCAUAUUGAUUUUUGCAGGUAUUGCCGCCAUUAUCUAUGAUAAUUACUUGUCCAGUAUACAUGAACAAAGUAUCCGUCGCUCAGUGAUCAUAAAAUAAAUAAAAAUGAUCUUUGUCAA